AUGCUAGACAAAGCAAAGGUUACAAAUCUCGAAUCAAAGUUAUUGGAACAAUGGUUCCAAUAUAAUAUACACUCCCGUACAAAGCAAGCGACUUAUAGUAUCAUUGUUGCAUUGCUUUUCACUAAAGAACCACCCAGUUACAAGGGUUCACCGAACAAUUCUUUUCCAUUUCCAUCAAUAACCUCGCCGCAAGCUUAUGAGGCUCAAACUCUUAUAAAGAACGCCAAGGUACAAAUUCUAAAGUGGAGGAGUCGCAGAAUGAAAACGGAGAGAAAAGUGAAGGAAGCAGUAGAAACUUUUGAGGAGGAGAAGAAAAUUGUGGAAGAGAUGACGGAUUUACAAUUGGAAGAUAAAACCAAGAGGCUUUGGCACGCUUGUUUCAAGGCCAAGGAAGCUGAUGACGGCGACAUGACCAUGGAGUCUGUAAUCUCGAGUUUUAGCCAACGAUGGCCAUGUUUAUGGAUUGGGUAA